GGAUGUACUGUGAGGAAGAGCAGCGCGGCCUCCUCUCACAAGGAAAUCAAGGGCUCGACAGGAGAAACACAACCACCGACCGGGAUUGCCGACGAGACUGUUCACUUGCAGCCAGAAAUUGCAGCCACAUACAAAAAUACUGUGUAGCGCUACGUUCACUUGACUGCUCUACGUUGCCAAAGCUGUAUAUUUGCUGUCGCACCAAAAAUGUCUCUGAAGAUGCAGCGCAGCGCGUCGACGGUCAAGCGGGCCGGGCGUAGUGCUAUGGCGGUGCGAUGCCAGGCCGGUCGCCCCUCCAUGCCUGCCCUGGCUGCCGCCGUGGCCACUGGCGUGGCGGCCUCGCUGCUGAGUGCCAAUAUGGCCAUGGCGGAGUUCCGACUGCCGCCCAUCGACAAGACCGACCCCAACCGCUGCGACCGCGGCUACGUGGGCAACACCAUUGGCCAGGCCAACGCGGUGAGCGACAAGAUCCUGGACAUGCGGCUGUGCAGCUACGCCGGCAAGGACCUGCACGGCCGCGUGCUGGCGGGCGCGCUGCUGGCGGACGCCGACCUGUCCAACACCAACCUGCAGGAGGCCGUGCUCACCAAGGCCUACGCGGUGAAGGCCAACUUCGAGGGUGCCGACAUGACCAACGCGGUGGUGGACCGGGUGGACUUCACCAACGCCAACCUGAAGCGUGUCAAGUUCAUUAACACAGUGGUCACCGGCGCCUCGUUCGCGGGCGCGGACCUGGAGGGCAGUGUGUGGGAGGACGCGCUCAUUGGCUCGCAGGAUGUGGGCAAGCUCUGUGAGAACCCCACCCUCACCGGCGAGAGCCGCGCGCAGGUCGGCUGUCGUGCCGUCCGCAAGUGAGCGGCUGCAUGCUAGACGGAGCGCAAAAGCGGCUGCUCUGUGUUAGGCGGGCGCAUCCUGACCAGCGGCCAGAACGCGGGGUGGAGCGUCCUGGCCGCUAGCCACGGUGGCGCGGCGGACCCGUAGGUGGUAUGAUUUGAAAGCAGACAAGGGAGCGGGAGGAGCAGCUGCGCCUGACCGCGGGCGGCGGCAGCUGCUGUUGGCACGUGGUUAGCGCGGUGGUGGGGGCAGCACGUGGGCGUUCAGCCUGUGACCUAAAGCCAGUGGACAUAAAGCCAGCGGAUCGUAUGCUGCGGAGGUCCGAGGUCCCAUGCGCGGUAUGGAUGGAGAGGGGGACAUGAAGGCGGGUGGAGCCCCCGUGCUGUGUGUGUCUGUCGAUGUACAGGGUAGGAGGUGGUGUUUUUGAUACGUCGGAGGGUGAGGGAACAGCAGCGUCCGAUGCUGGAUACGGUAGACGCAAUGUUUUGGAUGAUGCCGUGGCGACUAGCGUUGCGGCUGGCAUUCAAGACAAUCGUUACGGGGAGUCGAAUUGUACUAAUCCGCAAAGGCGCCUGGACAGAAACUGUUAACAACUCAAACCUGA